CUAUCGGGGAAUAUUUCCAGUAAGACCAGGUUUCAACUAUCAUGACCAGGACGGGAGGGAUGACGAAUGUCUACAUCGCUGCGAUCAUGUGCUUGUCAGCCGUAUCUCAAGCUUCUCCUCAGAAACGAUUUGGUGGCGGGACAGACGUCAGCACGAAUGACUUUCCGUGGAUGGGGAGUCUGCAAACUAAUGAAACUGGGACAUGGACCCAUAUUUGUGGACUCAUAUCUGGGGGAGGAGGAAUGUCGGCCGCAUCUGCAUAUCACUGUUUUAAUACCAGCUUCCCCCUAGAGGACUACAGAAUGGUGUUUGAUACCAACGACCUAUCGGAUUUAUCUCAAGCAACGAUUUCUAAUAUCACGAGUGUCAUUCUGACUGCUUCAUUCACAACUAAUGGUCCUGGAUACAGCUACGAUAACAUUGAGUACAGAUCAACAACCCCUGUUACUGAUGUCUCUGAUCCCCAAAUUGGGACUGCAUUGGACCAAGCUGGAUUAGAGUGUGAAAUUCUUGGAUGGGGAAAGUUAACAGAUGGUACUUUUCCCAGUCUCCUCCAGAAAAGAAAUGUUACGCUGAUCAGUAAUGCUGAGUGCCAGUCCCGUGUGUCCUCCUUGGGUGCCACCAUCUUGUCAGUAGACACGUGUGUUGAUGGAAACGUCAUCUCAGAGGGCGAUGAUGGUAGUCCGCUCAUAUGCAACGGAAUAGUCGUUGGGGUUGCAUCUUGGUCUGUAGAUGGCAGCUGUGGUAAAAGCGUCAGCGUCUUCAUAGCUUCCGGAAAUUUUUUUGUGGGAUAAUUAUGUCAACCCACGCUAAUAAAGAUGCACCAGUAAAAUUGUCAAUUUGCUGAAGGCAAUGAAUACGAACAUAAACCUACUUUCA